GUCAAAACCUUUGCAUUGUUGUUAAAGGCGCCAACAACUCAACUUGCUGCAGGGAUUAAAAUGACCCAGCCAAGAAGUCAGACUGACGCAGCUAGAUUCUCAUGCGCCAUCUGUUUGGAUUUACUGAAUGAUCCAGUAACUAUUCCCUGUGGACACAGUUACUGUAUGACCUGUAUUAAAGACUUCUGGAAAACAGAAGAUCAGAGGAGGAUCUACAGCUGCCCUCAGUGUAGGGAGAAUUUUAUACGUAGACCUAUCUUAAAGAAAAACAUUGUAUUAACAGAAUUAGUAGAUGAUCUGAAGAAGACUGGACAUAAAGCUGCUGCAGCUGAUCACUGCUAUGCUGGACCUGAAGAUGUGGCCUGUGAUGUCUGCACUGAGAAGAAGAUGAAAGCUGUCAAGUCCUGUCUGGUGUGCUUAGUUUCUUAUUGCCAGAAUCACCUCCAGCCUCACAAUGAUGUCUCUGGAUUGAAAAGGCAUAAGCUGGUGGACCCCUCUAGGAAGCUUGAGGAGAUCAUCUGUUCUCGUCAUGAUGAGGUGAUGAAGAUCUUCUGUCGUACUGAUCAGCAGUGUAUCUGUUAUCUCUGCACCAUGAAUCAACAUAAAGGUCAUGAAACAGUCCCAGCUGCAGCAGAAAGGACUGAGAAGCAGAAGGAGCUUCAGGGGAUACGACAACAAAUCCAGCGGAGAAUCCAGGACCAGGAGAAAGAUGUGAAGCUGCUUCAACAGGAAGUGAAAACCAUAUUUGUCUCUGGCUAUAAAGCAGUGGACGACAGUGAGAAGAUCUUCACUGAUCUGAUCCGUCUCAUCCAGAAAAGAAGCUUUGAUGUGAAGCAGCAGAUCAGAUCCCAGCAGAAAACCAAAGUAAGUCGAGUCAAAGAGCUUCAGAAGAAGCUGGAGCAGGAGAUCACUGAGCUGAAGAGGAAAGAUGCUGAGCUGGAGAAGCUCUUAAUUAUAGAGGAUCACACCCAGUUUCUCCAGAACUACCCCUCACUGUCAGCACUCAGUGAGUCUACACACUCAUCCAGCAUCAAUAUUCGUCCUCUGAGAUACUUUGAGGAUGUGACAGCAGCUGUGGUGGGGCUCAAAGAAAAACUGCAAAACAUCCUGAGAGACAUGAGGACAGACAUCUCACUGGCAAUAACUGAAGUAAAUGUUUUACUGUCAGAACCAGAACCAAAGACCAGAGCUGGAUUCCUAAAAUAUUCACAAGAAAUCACACUGGACCCAAACACAACAUCUACACAACUUUUACUUUCCGAGGAAUGCAGAAAGGUGACUUUUAAGAAGAAGUCCCUACCUUACUCUGAUCACCCAGACAGAUUUACAUUUUAUGAUCAGGUGCUCAGCAUCCAGAGACUGACAGGACGUUGUUACUGGGAGGUCGAGUGGAAAGCAGAAGUAACUAAUCUUGCAGUUGCCUACAAAGACAUCAGCAGAGACGGGACGUCAGAUGAAUGCAUGUUUGGAUUCAAUGAUAAAUCCUGGGUGUUACGCUGUCACACAAAGGGUUAUCUAUCUUUGCACAACAGUGUUAGAACUCCUGUACCAGGUCCAGUUUCCUCCAGAAUAGGAGUGUAUCUGGAUCACAGAGCAGGUAUUCUGUCUUUCUACAGCGUCUCUGAAACCAUGACUCUCCUCCAUAGAGUCCAGACCACAUUCAGUCAGCCUCUAUAUGCUGGUGUUCGGCUUUUCGAUGAGGGAGACUUUGCCGAGUUUAAACAACCUGAAUAGACCAGAGCUACAGAGUUUGUUUGGUUUUUAUGUGAGAAAAAAUAUAUUUAUUGUAAAAUGUGGGUAUGGUAAUAUACAAUUGGAGUCUUUCAAGGUUAUAUUAGACAUAGAAAAACACAAAAAAUCAUACUAAACAUGAAAUCAUGUUUUGAUUCCAUUUUCUUUAUUGAGCUGCAAACACCUCAAGACAAACGUUCAACAACAAGAUUUACUUGAUGGACCUUUUAGGCCAGUGAAGAUCCUCUUGUUAUAAGCUCUUAUUAUAUCUAGCUUAACUGUAAAUGCUUAUACAUAGGAGCUAUUUUUAAAUACAAGCCUAUACAAUUACAAAAUCCCUUCUAUAUUAUCAUUUUAAAACAGAACAACUAAUUUUUAAAGCGUAAAAAACAGAAAAAAAGGUACUCCCUUAAAAAAAGUGACACAAUCUAGUCAGAAAUAUAACUAUGGUAAGGAAAGGACAUUAAUAUAGAGGAUUUGAAUACAUUUUUAGUUUGAGAAUAAUAUAAAAAAUACACAUCAAAUAUAUAAAAUUUAGAUGUUUAUUCUUUUACAGUGAUGACUAUGGAAACUAUACAACUAUUGUGGUUAUUUCUCCUUUGUUUCUCUGAGCAUUUUCAGUGAUUGUUUUCCCAGAACUUCUGCUUCAAACCAGAUCCAUUAGGUCAUUGAAACUUUAAACAUCUGCAUGUAAGUUUAUCAAUUCAGAAAAGUCAAAACAAUAGUUUUAUUCAACAAUCAUGUGACAACUCUAUAAACUGGGAAGAUUAAGGUAUAGUUCACAAAUAUAUUGUAAAAGGUAUUUAAAUGAUCUUGGAAUUGAGAUAAAAAGGAAAUAAUUACUUAAUCAAAACACCUGUUAGAUCAUUUAGACCAUUUUAUUCAUUUGACUUUUGCCAUGUUUUUUUUUUUCAAGAUUAGGUGUCAUUUUAAAUUGAUGCCUUUUUUUUUUGUUAAAACAAAAAUAAUGACUCUAAUAUGAAUUGGUUUAUGUGUUUUCAUUGAAUCCCUGUCCUCUCAUGUCUGUAAAAAAAAAAAAAAAAACACUUAAUCUUUGACAGUUCAGUAUUAUUCAGUUGUAGUAUUCUAGUGCUGCUGGGCUAAUUGUGUUUAAAUCUAAUUAUUGUUUAAUUUAAGUGUUCCUCUGACAAUGGCUGCUAACAGUUAUAAACAGAUUAUUUUCUAUAAUCUGUUAAUGUUCUAAUUUUGUAGUGAAUGUAAUAUUUGUCCUGUUC